AUGUCUGAUGAGCAAAUGAAGUCGGUCUCUCCCGACGGAAUCAACUUGGAAGUGGCUCCAAAAGCUGAAGUUGAAAAGAUGGAUGUUGAUCAAGAAGAUGGUGCUGUUGCUGCUGACGACGAAGACGACGAUCCCAUAGAUAAAAUGAGGGAAAUGGAGAUUCUUCCUGAUUUGUUCAAUCUUCUCCACGACUUACAAAACGGCACGAUUCUGGCCAAAGACUUCGAUAACAACGCCGGUAGCUUGCGGUUGAAGUUGACGACUCUUCGUCAGUAUCUUCAGGAAGUUGAGGGCAUCAAUGAGCUGAUCAAGUCAAGAGAGGCAAAAAUCGAGAGCUUGCGAGUAAACAACGCAAAGAGGUACGAGUUCUUGUCCCGCUUCAAGGAACAAGUCCAAAAAAGGGAAAGGGAGGAUGCAGUUAACUUUGUGGUCCCAUCCUAG